CUUGUUCUGGCCGCAGCUGCUCCACAGAGCGUCCGGCAAAGCAAGUCACGCCGGGAAGCGCACACUACUGAUCGGCUGGAGAUGUGAUCCAACACGCUGGAAAAAGCUCCGAUGAAAAGGUCACAUGUUGGAUUAGAAAGCCUUCACUUAAACCUCAUAGUGUGGCCACACCGAAGAUAGUGACAGAAAAGUGCUUUUCGCCACAUGUGGGAGCAGUGUAACCGGUGGUGGUGAGGUAAGGGAGGAGGAACAUGCAGUUGUGUAGCCUCUCGGUACGCCUCGCAGCCAGGCACCGAGGCUGGUGAUGCCCGCCGCCGUGCGGGGAUCACAGGCGGUCGGUAGCAGCAGCAACAGCGGGAAGAGAAAGCGCAAGAGGGCGGCAAACCAGGGCGGUCGAGGACAAUGAUGAUGAUGGUGAUGAUGAUGAGUUUAAGAUCGAGAUCAUGGCAAACGGAACCGGUACUAUAAUGUUAAAAUGUGUCGUGGUCGGAGACGGUGCAGUGGGCAAAACGUGUCUUCUAAUGAGCUAUGCCAAUGACGCCUUUCCCGAGGAGUAUGUCCCAACGGUGUUUGAUCAUUAUGCAGUGAGUGUUAAUGUUGGAGGAAAGCAGUACUUGUUGGGACUGUACGACACUGCCGGUCAGGAGGACUAUGACCGACUCAGGCCACUGUCCUACCCGAUGACCGAUGUUUUCCUCAUCUGCUUCUCGGUCGUUAACCCUGCCAGUUUCCAGAACGUGCGUGAAGAAUGGGUGCCUGAGUUGCAGGAGUAUGCACCGAAUGUCCCCUACUUGCUUAUUGGCACUCAGACUGACCUACGUGAUGACCCAAAGACCAUUGCCAAACUGAAUGAUAUGAAGGAGAAACCUAUAGUGACUGAGCAAGGCCUGAAACUGGCUAAGGAGAUUGGCGCAUGUUGCUACGUGGAGUGUUCAGCACUUACCCAGAAAGGCCUGAAGACGGUGUUUGAUGAGGCCAUCAUCGCCAUUUUGGCUCCGAAGAGAAAGAAAGGAGCUCUGAAAAGAAGACUGGGACCCCGUUGCAUGAACUGCUGUCUAAUCACAUGAUACAAAGAUGUCCCUAUUCAGCAGCAGACCACAUAUGCCGGGCCCGGACUUGCAAAAACUCACGCUAGUUGAGCAGGGAUAAAGAAGAACACAGACAAUGACCGAGUUUUGAAACUGCGACGCACUCCAAAGGCCAUGACUUUCUUUUGCUGCCCAACAUGUGAAGAGGUGAUUAUAAGGAGCACAAACACAAAGAAAAAAACUCUUCUCCUAAUUCAGGUGAUUUACAUAUAAAUAAAUCCAUUCAAUCAAAAGUGAACAUGUUUGCAUUACAAAAGGGAGCUUGAUUUGUAAAAUGUUUUUAAAAACACGAAUAUGUUGACCUUGGACGUCAUCUCGAGGGAGACGUCACUCAGAGCAAGAAGUAGUACAUGCCCCUUUUUGGGCAUGAAGGCCAAGUUGUUGUCUUUUUUUUUUUUCUGCCACCCAACUUGUCUUCAAUUAGUCAUCAUUUGACAACCUGUAGUUCAAACCAUGCUUUGUAUAGGGAUUACUAAAUGAGAAAUGGAAAUGUAUCACCAAAAUAUUUUGGACCGAGAGAUAUUUUUUCAUAUUCUUUGUCAUGCAAUUAAUUGUAUGUUGUACUUUUAUCGCUUUUUAAGUGUGAGAGGAAAGACAGUCCAUCUUUUGGAAGUGAUUCACAUCCAGAAUAACUCAAAGAAACAAAUGCAGUCAUCAAAAGUAGGUUGCAAAAAUGAC